AAACACUGCGUUGCGUCCUGUGAUGAAAUUACAGAAGUCAACGGCCGUUGCAGAAACAAUCCUUGUCAAAAUGGAGGAACAUGCACAGAAAUAUGUGAGCCCAAGACCGUUCGGUACAAUUGUUCUUGUCCAGCAAAUUUUAUGGGUAGACACUGUGAAUUUAAAAGAAAAAGCUGCCAGGCCUACAAAGCUGCAGGAGAAAGAAAGUCUGGAUUGUAUACAGUCAUUGAUGACCGCAAUCAAUCUUUUCAAGUUUUCUGCGACUUUGAUUCAGAACCUGGGUUUGCAUGGAACUUGAUCCAGUCGUUCAGCUUGUCCCAAAAACAGGUAAAUUGUAAAAUACAUUAAGUCGACAGGUCAACGGAAACCAUGAUGUGUUGUUACAUGUUGGUGCCCUUUAUUCUUCACAGCGGCUCGUAUGUUUUCUUCUUCUGUAUGAAAUCAACUUCUACAGCUAAACGACCAACUGCCCCAAAUAUUGGCAACUUAAAAAACUAAAAUGUGAGUACGUUCGGGCUUGCUGACCAUGACAGUUACGAACGCACUUUCUAAUGUCUCAAAGGAGUUUACUGUUAAUCAUUAAAUUGGAAUAAGCAAACCUUUGUCAAGUACAGGAAAAGCAAUGACAGCUUGACAACUAAGCCCAAGAGGCCCUACCUUCAAAAACAAAAAAGAACACAAGAACUCUGAUGUAGGUAACAAUCAAGGUCAACUAUAAUCCCAAAACGUGCCCACUUCAAGGUCUGACACUCAUAUUUAAUAAACGAAACUUAUGUUGAAAACCCCCUUUAAAAUGUAAGAAAAUUUAAAAACCUGUCGAUAGAAAUACGCAUUAACCUUGCUCUACAAACCUAAUCAUAACGAGCUCGAGACACGGGUGAAACUUCAAGCGCAAACAUAAAAGUAACUCACAAUGAAAUCUUUAAAACAACCAAGAAAAUGGUACACAACAGUAUCAUCAGAUCCAUGCCCCUUAAAGAGGAUUUGAGAGAUCUUCAUGGUAUCAGAAUUUGUACCAGGUCAUUGAUGCAAAUUCUGAACAUUUCUCAAUUCUUGGUUGGUGUUAUAACAGCAUUACAUUAAAUAUGUAAAUAAAUAUAUAAGAAUGUUAAAUUAAUAGAAUUUAAUAUAACCGAGAUUACGAGGUCAAAGACAGAGGUGAUUUCAGCUAAGAGAUAAAAUAAUUUUUAUUUCUAGAAUAUUCUUUUUUCUGACUACACUGAAGCAGUCAGCGGCGAUCACCCAAACUGGCAUGCGUACCUGAUCCGGCGUAAUUACCUUGAAUGGCUUAGGACCCAGUCCACUCACUGGCGAGCUACCUGUCGCUAUGAUACCGACGGAGUUGUGUACAUAGAUUACAUGCGGACAUCCCUUGCAAACUGCAACAUACUGACCUUGCCGACAAAUUUCUAUGGUCAGUGUUUUCAGUUCGCAUUUAUAAACAUCAGGGGGCAUGAAUGUGUUGAUUGUACGGUGCCCCUCUGGCAAAAUAAGGGCGUUUGGCCUUUGCACACAGAUACGUCUUUCCACCUUUGCGAAUUCAAUGGCAAACAAGGUGCGCUUAACAGCGAAGAUAACUUUGGUUUUUACGGGGUUGUAAAUUCGCAGCAUCGCUGUUCGAACAAUUCUCUUUCUACAACUCAGUUCUGGUUGGGAGGCCAGUAA